AUGAUCACAACGUUCUCUACGUCGAACCUCAACCAAGACUGUGACUUGUCUAAAGGACAAUGGAUUCCACACGAAGGAGGGUCGCUGUACUCAAACUCUACCUGUCCUACAAUAUCCGACUCGAAAAACUGCUUAAAACAUGGGAGACCAAACAGAGAUUUCUUGUUCUGGAGAUGGAAACCUGAAGGCUGUAAACUUCCGAGAUUCAAUCCCAAAGCUUUUCUUGAUCUCGUUCGCGGCAAAAAGAUGAGUUUCAUUGGUGAUUCUGUGGCCAGAAACCACAUGGAGUCUCUUCUCUGCCUCUUGUCAAUGGAAGAAACUCCGAAAGAUAUCUACAAGGAUGCAGAAGACAGAAACAGGAUAUGGUACUUUCGAGACCAUGACUUCACUCUAUCUACCUCAUGGACUAAGUUUCUAGUGGCGGGAUUCGAGAGGACUCGCGCUAACAAGACCGGAACAGGAAUUUAUGAUAUAGAUGUCGACAAGAUCGAUGAGCAAUGGGCGAAGGAUCUGCCAAAUACAGACAUUGCCAUUGUUUCAGCUGGUCAUUGGUUUUUCAGACCAAUAUACAUACAUAGAGGAGAUGAGACAAUAGGUUGCAUCUUCUGUAACUUACCAAACAUGACUCAGAUUAGCUUGAAAGAAGGGUUUAAGCUAGUUUUCUCAGCUGCUUUUACGCACAUCAAUGGAUGUCAUAACUGCAAAGACAACUUAGUGACAGUUCUCAGGACAUAUUCGCCGUCCCAUUUUGAGAAUGGGACUUGGAACACUGGAGGAGCUUGCGGGAGGUCGAUCCCAUUAAGGGUAAAUGAAAUCGACCAGAAGAGUAGCGAUAUGGAACUCAGAACAUCUCAGAUAGAGCAGCUUGAAGAGAUUAAACGUGUCAGCUUAAGAAAGAGGAAGUUUGCGGUUUUGGAUGUGACUAGGGUUAUGCUAACGAGACCAGACGGGCACCCGGAUUCUUACUGGGGAAAUAAAUGGAUGAAAGGUUUCAAUGACUGUACUCACUGGUGCUUGCCCGGACCAAUCGAUGCCUGGAGCGAGGUUCUCAUGGCGUUACUUAGACAACGCUUGUAA